UUACUAAUUACAUACUAAUUGGUAAGGAAAAAAGUUGAGCAACGCACAUCCAAAGGACGGGCGCAGUCUUCGACCGGUGGCGUGUUCGCGAGCAAGAAGAAACUCGGACGAUGAAUAUAUUAACGAAUAUAUCAUCGGCUUUUUGGUCGACCGAUGUUUGGUUACCGCCUAACAUAACAUGGAACGAUAUUAAACCAAAUUCAGAAAACAAAUAUGCGGACUAUCAACACUUAAUUUAUCCUUUACCUAUGGCAUUUGUGCUUCUAAUAAUCAGAUACGCCCUCGAAAGGUAUUGCUUCGCACCAUUUGGAAAAUCUCUUGGUAUAAAAAAUACACGUGCAAAGAAAGCAACACCAAAUGAUAUUUUAGAAAAAGCUUAUGUUAGUCGAAAAAUUAAACAUAAACAAAUCUUGGCAUUGGCUAAACAAUUAGAUUGGUCUGAACGACAAGUAGAACGAUGGUUAAGAUUGAGACGUGCUCAGGACAAACCAUCAACACUUACAAAAUUUUGCGAGAAUAGCUCAAGAUGUUUGUAUUAUACAUAUUCAUUCCUUUAUGGUCUCAUAGUUUUGUGGAAUAAACCAUGGUUGUGGGACAUAAACCAUUGUUACUAUAAUUAUCCAUAUCAUCCAGUAUCAAAUGGUAUAUGGUGGUACUAUAUGAUAUCUAUGGCAUUUUAUUGGUCUUUAAGCUUUUCCCAGUUCUUUGAUGUGAAGAGAAAAGAUUUUUGGCAAAUGUUUAUUCAUCAUAUAGCUACUAUUAUAUUAAUGUGUUUUUCAUGGGUUGGAAAUUUGACCAGGAUUGGUUCAUUAGUAUUAUUAGUGCACGAUUGUGCAGAUAUUUUUCUAGAAGCGGCAAAGAUGGCUAAAUAUGCUAAUUACCAAAAAUUAUGUGAUUGUAUAUUUGCUACUUUCACAGUUCUGUGGAUAAUUACACGUAUUGGUGUUUAUCCAUUUUGGAUAAUUUAUAGCACUUCGAUAGAAGCACCUAAGAUAGUACCAAUGUUCCCAGCAUAUUAUAUUUUCAAUUCUCUGUUAAUCUUAUUAUUAUUCCUUCAUAUGAUUUGGACGUAUUUAAUUCUUAAAAUCGCAUAUAAUGCUUUCUAUGCGGGUCAAAUGGAAGGUGACAUUCGUAGUAGUAGUAGCGAAGAUAUUUCAGAUGCGUCCAUGGAUAGUGCUUCUUUAAAUAAUACUACAAAUUAUGUUACCAAACAAAAUUUGAAACAAAGAGUUCACUAA